CAGGGAGCAGCCUCUCAGUGUUAGCUAACAUCCAGUCUGUGGCUUCUGCUCCGGGAGGACGAGCAGCGCCCAUCCGCCCGGCUCCCGCCGCUCCGUGUCUGUUCGGGGAAACGGGGUCCGGCCCUGUGUGUGUGUGAGGAGCAGAGGCACCGAGUGAUCGCCAUGUUCAACCUGAUGAAGAAGGACAAGGAGAGGGACGGCAGCAAGAAGGACAAGAAGGACAAGAAGGAGCGCAUGUCUGCAGCGGAGCUGCGCAGCCUGGAGGAGAUGAGUCUGAGGAGGGGCUUCUUCAACCUGAAGCGGGAGGCCAAGCGCGAGUCCAGGAACAAGCUGGAGAUCUCCAACCCCAUCCCCAUCAAGGUGGCCAGCGGCGCCGAGCUCACGCUCACCGACAUCGAGUCCGACGGCCCCAGCAACCGCAGCAGCGUGGUCCUGGACGAGCAGCUGAGCGCCGCCAGCUCCACCGACGACCUGAAGGGCGAGGCGGGCGGGGCGCCGGACGGGCACCGCGGCUCGGUGCGGGACCGCGUGGCUCACUUCGGCUCCAUCGCCAAGCAGAACUCGUCCCAGGUGGGCCAGAUGAUGAAGCGCUUCUCCUUCUCCCAGAGGAGCAAAGAGGAGAGCCCGUCGGAGGGCUCCACGCCGUCGGGCCAGAACUCCGCCGCUCCGUCCCCGCAGGUGGAGAGCAAGGUGUUCGGCAUGCUGCGGAAGCACAGCCUGAAGCAACAGCCGCUUCCCGGACCGCCGCCCGCCAAGAGGGUCAGCGUCCCCCAGCUGGUGGACAAGACCUUCCCGGCCCAGCUGCAGCUGCCGGCCGUGGUGGCGCCCGGCGCCCCGGAGACCCGCGAGCUGGAGCUGCAGCGCCGCAACACCGGCGACUUUGGCUUCUCUCUGCGCCGCACCACCAUGCUGGACCGCAGCCCCGAUGGCGGCGUCUACAGGCGCGUGGUGCACUUCGCCGAGCCCGGCGCCGGCACCAAAGACCUGGCCCUGGGUCUGGUGCCCGGAGACCGGCUGGUGGAGAUCAACGGACGCAACGUGGAGAACAAGAGCCGCGACGAGAUCGUGGAGAUGAUCCGGCAGUCCGGAGACUCGGUCCGGCUCAAGGUGCAGCCCAUCCUGGAGCUGAGCGAGCUGAGCCGCCGCUGGCUGAGGAACACGCUGGACCUGCGGCGGGACGGCCGGCAGGAGGCGCCGCUCAGUCCCACCGAGGAGGCUCAGAGACGCCUGAUGAGGAUCUUCAGUGCACCUGUGAAGACGGAGGAGCAGAUCGCGGCGGAGCAGGCCUGGUAUGGCUCGGAGAAGGUCUGGCUGGUCCACAGAGAGGGCUUCUCCCUGGCCACCGUGGUGAAGACGGAGGCGGGCGCCCUGCCGGAGGGCCGGCUCCGGGUCCAGCUGGAGCACGACGGCAGCGUGCUGGACGUGGACGAAGACGACAUCGAGAAGGCCAACCCCCCGUCCUUGGACCGCUGCGAGGACCUGGCGGCGCUGCUGUACCUGAACGAGUCCAGCGUGAUGCACUGCCUGAGGCAGCGCUACGGAGGAAACCUCAUCCACUGCUACGCCGGGCCCAACCUGCUGGUCAUCAACCCGCUCAGCACGCCCUCCAUGUACUCCGAGAAGGUCAUGCACAUGUUCAAAGGCUGCCGGCGGGAGGACACGGCGCCGCACAUCUACUCGGUGGCCCAGUCGGCGUACCGCAACCUGCUGACCACCCGCCAGGACCAGUCCGUGGUGCUGCUGGGGAAGUCCGGCAGCGGCAAGACCACCAACUGCCAGCACCUGGUCCAGUACCUGGUCUCCAUCGCCGGCAGCACGGGCAAAAUCUUCUCUGCGGAGAAGUGGCAGGCCGUCUACACCAUCCUGGAGGCUUUUGGAAACAGCUCCACCUCCAUCAACACCAACGCCAGCAGGUUCUCACAUGUGGUGUCUCUGGACUUCGACCAGGCUGGACAGGUGGCGUCCGCCUCCAUCCAGACGAUGCUGCUGGAGAAGCUGAGGGUGAGCAGACGUCCAGAGGCCGAGUCCACCUUCAACGUCUUCUACUACCUGCUGGCGGGAGCGGACAGCAGCCUGAGGACGGAGCUGCACUUCAACCACCUGGCCGAGAGCAGCGCCUUUGGGAUCCUGCCGCACUCUAAGCCUGAAGACAAGCAGCGGGCCUCGCAGCAGUUCACCAAGCUGCAGGCCGCCAUGAAGGUCCUGGGCGUCUCUGCAGACGAGCAGAAGGCGCUCUGGCUCAUCCUGGGCGCCGUUUACCACCUGGGAGCAGCAGGCGCCACCAAGGACGGACAUGAAGCGGGCCGUCGGCAGUUUGCCCGCCAUGAGUGGGCCCAGAAGGCCGCCUACCUGCUGGGCUGCUCCCUGGAGGAGCUGUCCUCCGCCAUCUUCAAGCAGCAGGCCAAAGGGCUGCAGCACUCCGCCUCCUUCAGAGGAGCCCCGGACGACGGCGGCCCGGCGGACGGCUCAGGCUCUAAGGUGACGGCUCUGGAGUGUCUGGAGGCCAUGGCGUCAGGACUGUACUCGGAGCUCUUCACUCUGGUCGUCUCCCUCAUCAACAGGGCUCUGAAGUCCAGCCAGCACUCGCUGUGCUCGCUGCUGGUCGUGGACACGCCGGGCUUCCAGAACCCCCGCUGGGCCCAGCAGCAGCGGGGGGCCACGUUCGAGGAGCUGUGCCACAACUACACCCAGGAGAGGCUGCAGACCCUGUUCCACGAGCGCACCUUCGUGCACGAGCUGGACCGCUACAAAGAGGAGAACAUAGAGCUUGCUUUAGAGGACAUAGAGUCCAGCCCCUCUCUCUCUGUAGCCGCUGUCGAUCAAGCCUCGGCUCAAGCUCUGGUGCGCACUCUGGCCAGGACGGACGAGGCCCGGGGACUGCUGUGGCUGAUGGAGGAGGAGGCCGUCCAGCCCGGAGGGACAGAGGAGACCAUGCUGGACCGACUCUUCAGCUACUACGGCUCUGCCCAGGGAGGGCACAAAGGGGCCUCCCUGCUGCUGCGUGGGGACCGGCCUCACCUCUUCCUGCUGGGACACAGCCACGGGACGGACUGGGUGGAGUACGACACCCUGGGCUGGCUGAGCCAUGCCAAGCACAACCCAGCUUCUCAGAAUGCUGCCACACUGCUGCAGGACUCCCAGAAGAAGAACAUCAGCGGCCUGUUCCUGGGCCGGGCCGGCGGGGCCACGGUGCUGUCCGGAUCCAUCGCCGGCCUGGAGGGCAGCUCCCAGCUGGCCCUGCGCCGGGCCACCAGCAUGAGGAAGACCUUCACCACGGGCGUGGCUGCUGUGAAGAAGAGGAGUCUGUGUAUCCAGGUCAAACUGCAGGUGGAUGCCCUCAUCGACAUGGUGCGUCGCUCCAAGGUCCACUUCGUCCACUGCCUGCUCCCCAAAGCCGAGCCGGUGGCCGGCGGCGACCUGCGAGUGACCCACGGGGAGAGUCCGGACGCCGGGCUCAUGACUCUGGACGUGGGCCUGUUGAGGGCUCAGCUCCGAGGGUCCAAGCUGCUGGACGCCCUGCGCAUCUACAGACAAGGGUAUCCGGACCACAUGGUGUUCUCGGAGUUCCGUCGACGCUUCGACGUUCUGGCUCCACAGCUGACCAAGAAGCAUGGCCGCCACUACAUCGUGACGGAUGAGAAGAGGGCUGUGGAGGAGCUGCUGGAGUCUCUGGACCUGGAGAAGAGCAACUACCACAUGGGGCUGAGCAGGGUCUUCUUCAGGGCCGGGACUCUGUCCAGGCUGGAGGAGCAGCGGGACGUUCAGACCAGGAGGAACAUCACCAUGUUCCAGGCCGCCUGCAGGGGACACCUGGCAAGACAGGCCUUCAAGAAGAGGAAGAUCCAGGACCUGGCCAUCCGCUGCAUCCAGAAGAACAUCAAGAAGAACGGCGGAGUGAAGGACUGGCCGUGGUGGAAGCUGUUCACCACGGUGCGUCCUCUGAUCGAGGUGCAGCUGACGGAGGAGCAGAUCCGGGGAAAAGACGAGGAGAUCCAGCAGCUGAAGCAGAGGCUGGAGAAGGUGGAGAAGGAGAGGAACGAGCUGAGACUCAACACCGACCGCCUGGAGAGCCGCAUCACAGAGUUGUCGUCGGAGCUGGCUGACGAGCGGAACACCGGGGAGUCGGCCUCUCAGCUGCUGGAGACAGAAACAUCUGAGAGACUCCGUCUGGAGAGGGACAUGAAGGACCUGCAGGCUAAGUUCGACAGCCUGAAGAAGCAGACGGAGUCCAUGGAGAUGGAGGUGAUGGAGGCCAGACUCAUCAGGGCGUCGGAGCUGAACGGAGAGAUGGACGACGACGACACCGGAGGAGAGUGGAGGCUGAAGUACGAGCGGGCCAUCCGGGAGAUCGAGUUCACCAAGAAGAGGCUGCAGCAGGAGAGCGACGACAAGCUGGAGGCGGAGCAGCAGAGCAGGCGGCAGCUGGAGAGGAGGAUCAGCGACCUGCAGGCCGACAGCGAGGAGACCCAGAGGACGGUCCAGCAGCUGAAGAAGAAGAGCCAGAGGCUGACGGCCGAGCUGCAGGACACCAGGCUGCACCUGGAGGGCCAGCAGAGCCGCAACCACGACCUGGAGAAGAAGCAGCGGCGGUUCGACAGCGAGCUGAGUGCAGUGCAGGAGGAGGUCCAGCGGGAGAAGAGUCUGAGGGAGAAGCUGGCUCGAGAGAAGGACGUCCUGUCUGGAGACCUGUUCAGCCUGCGGCAGCAGCUGGAGGAUAAAGACCUGGAGGUGUGUGCAGUGAACCUGAAGCUGGACCAGCUGGACGCCGAGCUGCAGGACCUCAACUCCCAGGAGUCCAAGGACGAGGCGUCUCUGGCCAAGAUGAAGAAGCAGCUGCGGGACCUGGAGGCCAAAGUGAAGGACCAGGAGGAGGAGCUGGACGAGCAGGCGGGCACCAUCCAGAUGCUGGAGCAGGCAAAGCUGCGUCUGGAGAUGGAGACGGAGCGUCUGCGUCAGACUCACUCCAAGGAGAUCGAAAACAAAGACGACGAGGUGGAAGAGAUCCGGCAGUCCUGCAGCAAGAAGCUGAAACAAAUGGAGGUCCAGCUGGAGGAGGAGUAUGAUGAGAAGCAGAAGGUUCUGAAGGAGAAGAGGGAGCUGGAGUCCAAACUGGUGUCAGCUCAGGACCAGGUGAGAGGAGGAGACCUGGAGACCGAGAAGCGCUUGAAGAAGGACCUGAAGAGAACCAAAGCUCUGCUGGCCGACGCCCAGAUCAUGUUGGACCACAUCAAGAACAACGCACCCAGCAAGAGGGAGAUCGCCCAGCUCAAGAACCAGCUGGAGGAGUCGGAGUUCACCUGUGCUGCUGCCGUGAAGGCGCGGAAGUCCAUGGAGGUGGAGAUUGAAGACCUGCACGUCCAGAUGGAGGACAUCUCCAAAACCAAGCAGGCGCUGGAGGAGCAGCUGAGCCGUCUGCAGAGAGAGAAGAACGACCUGCAGUCCAGGAUGGAGGAGGACCAGGAGGACCUCAACGAGCUGAUGAAGAAGCACAAGGCCGCCGUGGCCCAGUCGGCGCAGAACCUGGCCCAGAUCAGUGACCUGCAGGCCCAGCUGGAGGACGCCCUCCGAGAGAAGCAGGACGUCCAGGAGAAGCUUCAAGCCCUGCAGAGCCAGCUGGACUUCCAGGAGCAGUCCAUGGUGGAGAAGUCUCUGGUGGGCCGGCAGGAGGCCCGGAGCCGCGAGCUGGAGACCAAGCUGGAGUUCGAGAAGACACAGGUCAAACGGCUGGAGAGCCUGGUGGCUCGCCUCAAAGAGAACGUGGAGAAGCUGACGGAGGAGCGAGACCAGCGCAGCAGCUGCGAGAACCGAGAGAAGGAGCAGAACAAGCGUCUGCAGCGGCAGAUCCGAGACGUCAAGGAGGAGCUGGCAGAGCUGGCCAAGAAGGAGGCCGAGGCCAGCCGCAAGAAGCACGAGCUGGAAAUGGACAUUGAGAGCUUGGAAGCUGCUAACCAGAGCCUGCAGGCCGACCUCAAGCUGGCCUUCAAGAGGAUCGGAGACCUGCAGGCGGCCAUCGAGGACGAGAUGGAGAGCGACGACAACGAAGACCUGAUCAACAGUUUGCAAGACAUGGUGACAAAAUAUCAGAAACGAAAGAGCGGAACUCAGGGGGACUCAGACACAGACUCUGAGGUGGAGGACCGCAUUGAUGGGGUGAAGUCUUGGUUGUCCAAAAACAAAGGUUCCCCCAAGAACCUGUCAGACGAUGGCAGCCUGAAGAGUUCCAGCCCGCCUGGACGGACACGCUACUACUUUGAUGGAUAUGAGGAAGAGGAGGAGGACGAGGGCGGCUCGGCCCAGGCCUCAUUCCGGUCCUGAUCCGGUGCCAGAGGGAGCGUGAGCUGGACUCAGACUGGAGCCAGACCUCCAGUCACCACCUUUCAUUUACUAGCACACUGCAUUAUAUUGUGUUGCCAAAAAGCCUUUUGUUGUGUGUGUUGUUGCUGAUUGAUGGAUUGAUGCCC